AUGCGACACCACGAGCCUACGAAACAUCCCAUUGCCGCCAGAGUUAAGGGCCAUCGCGUGACGGGAAGCGCUCCUCUAUCACUCCAGUCUUUUCACGGCAAAGCUGGCCGGGAUCAAGCGAACCACACGAUGCCGCCGAGUCUAAAAGACAAAGGCGGUCGGCUUCUGGCUUUUGCCAAUGCUGGCACAAAAAAUGAACUGCAAUCACAAGUCGACAUCAAAUCCUCAAGUGUAGAGCCACCACGAAAUGCUGCUCCACCUCCAGCUCCUACACCUCGUCCUUCUAGUUUUCCUCGAGAGAUCGCGGUGCUUGGUGGUAGAAACACUGCACCCCCGAGACAAAACCACCCUUUCAGCCAACCACCGCCACCCCAUUCACCCCGUUCACAACAGCUCUCAGUAGUAUCUUCACCCAACGGUCAUGCCAGACCUAACUCGAACGGUCGUCCAGAUCUCUUCUCUGGCUCUCAGCUUGAUGACAACUUCCUGGAGUCUGGUCUGACUACCCCAUAUAAUGAGCCCUCUGAACCCGUUAGACUCGGGCCCGAGUUGACUCGUGAUCUUAAGAAGAACAUUCCGUCACGCAACCCUGAUCGCAACCGAUUUCAACGACCUGCCGCGGCGCCGCUAAGCGAUUUGUUCGCUAUUGGGGAUGAUCUUCGCAUGAAUGUCAUUUCUCGACCUCAACGACACAAUAUCGACCAUAUGGGCGAUGGUUUUCAAGACAACGUGAACGUUAGACAUGGAAAAGCUAAUGGUCAUUACAAUCAUGGACGGGCCCGUCCUGAAUCACCUGCACGACCUGACUCCAGGAUUCCCAUGCGUGAAGUGAAAAUUCGAAAGUCACAUACUGGCCGGUCAGAAGCCUACGAUUUGAACAGGGUACCGAGCCCAUCUCCCAAGCGCCGUGAGACACAUCGGCCAAGCAACCAUAGAAUUGAGAUGCCGCGAGAGCCUACUGUGCAUCAUAUCGAUGACGAGGAUUUGGAGAGUUCUUCACGUGGUGGGGAGGAAGAAGAAGAAGAGGAGGAGGAGCAUGCGACACCCAGGCCCAAGGCCGCCGAACCGGUGAUUCAAAGGACUCAGUUGAGGAGCAUACCACCCGUUACAGAUCCAGUCCCAAGAAUGACCCGUACAGACAAGAAACGACGCCGUCCAAACCCAGAGUACGACGAUGUUGCCCUCAGAUCCAUGUCGUUCACCACCCUUCAACAGCAGCCUUUUGACUUCGAUCCAUCCAAGGAUGAACAAAAGGGGACCGGAGUGGAUCCUGGCAAUAUAGAAGCAAAAUUGGACCAGUUUCGUCAUCUUGGCGAGCAGGAACAACAUGACCUCUUCUCUCAUAUGUCGAUUGAGAACUGGGAGACGUCUGGUAAUUGGUUUGUCAAUGAGUUUAGUGGUUUGAUGCAACGACUUAUGGAGUCGAGGCGCAACAAGCGCAUGAUCAUUCAGGAAUUUGAGCAGGAAGCGGCCGAUCGUGAGGAAGCUGUUCGUCUCCGGACAGAAGCUGUUGACCGAAAGCUCUCCAAGAUGAAGCAAGAUGGCCAGCGAGUGGUUGAUGAUAAGACUGGAUGA